GAUGAGCAGACGAGUAAGAUGUUGACAGACGCUGAGUGGAAACUGACACUGAAGUGAAAACGAAGAAAAAACGAUCAGGAGAAGGAGUCGUACGUCAAAGAGAUUAAAGUCUUCAAGAAAAGCUUCUGACACUGGAGGCCAAGAUGGAGAACGAAAACCAGAGGAUGAGAACAGAACAGAAGACAACGAGGCCGCAUCCCGAAGAGAGAAAUAAUAGUGACGAGGACUGUGGUGUCUUCAAAUGAAGUCCAAAGUACAGCAUAGAGGAUGGGAUUCUCAAAAAUAAGUGUCCUCAGAGAUGGCAAAACUCAGACCAAAGAACACAUUUUCGAAGGACUUACACAAGUGAAACAAGAUAAAGACGUCAUUCACAGUCAAGACCUUCAUCAUAACUCACCGACAGAACAAACAUUAAAACUUACACUUAUCAAAAUACCGCCCUGCUGCAAAGAACAUGCAGAACGUGACCUAUGCAAACCAGCUCAAGUCUGACAUGAGUGGACUAAUGCAAAGUACAACAAAGCUCUUGGAUGAGAAGAGUUUGAACAAGUACAAGAAGAGCCUUAAAGUAGUAGAGGAGUCAUUUCCGUUCUACUCUGGAAAGUCUACUACUGUUGCUGGAAUUUAUGUGGAGUCAAGUAAGAAGAAAAUAUCCUUCCUGGAAGCUUCUGAAAAGGGCUUCCUAGCAAAGACGUAUGCUCUUGAAUUUCUGGAGGCUCAAGCUGCAACUGGAAGCCUCACAGAUCUGGCAACAGGGCAGACAGUCUCAGUCCUCGAGGCUGUGGAGAGAGGGAUCGUCGAACCAGGGCUGAAAGAUAAACUGCUGCAGGCUGAGAAAGCUGUUAGCGGCUACGUCCACGCAGGCAAAAAGAUGUCAGUGUUUCAGGCAAUGCAGGAAAGGAUUGUUGAUAGAUACACAGGGAAGAAGAUCCUCGAGGUCCAGUUGUCCAGCGGAGGCAUCAUCAACCCAGAGUCCGGAGUCAGAGUUCCGGUCAGCGUCGCUAUCGACAAAGAUCUUGUGAACAUGGAGACUUUGCAGAGUCUGUAUGAUCCCGUCAGCAACCACAAAGGUUUCCACAAUCCGACAGCGGACAGAAAGUGUACUACUCUGAAAUCCUGAAGGACAUGCCUUUACGACAUAGACGGCGGGGUUUUUCUGUUUCCGUUGGUGACCGACAUCUAACCAAUUCCUCCCCUAUAAGUUCUCAUAGAGUGUCGGUUGUUAGCAGCAAUCGCGGCAUCGAAAUGUCAGUUACGAAGCAUUCAAAGCGAAACACAUUGACAAGGCCACGUAUUUGAUUUUGUCACAGCAGGAAAGUAAAUGGCAGGAAAAGACCACAGUUUGACGCCAGUGGAAGCACACGUCAUGUGAUCACUGAUGUUAGUAGUGGUAGAGAACUGGGUCUGGAAUCAGCUGUGAGUCAGAGGUUUCUCGAAGUGUCAGAGUUUGAAGUUAUCGUAGUGGGCUGCUUAGUAUCUUUGAGACUGCAGACAUCAUAUUUUCAAGAAUGGUAGUGGUGGAGAUGUAAACAGUCCUAUUGCUGGGCUGUGGGACGUCACCCAGAGGAGGCGGAUGUCCAUUCUGCAGGGUUUUCAACAGGGCUACACCGAUAGAAGCCACUGCAUUGAGGCUGUUGGAGGCCCAGGCCUGCACCGGAGGUAUUUGUGACCCCUCAUCUGGAGAGAAAAUUACACUCUCUGACGCUCUUAAAAAAGGUCUUGUAGAUGAAUCCUUGGCACAACAGCUACAACAGUUUGAGAAGGCCUUUUAUGUAUCGUCCACCCCAAAACUGCAAAGACUUUGUCAAUUUCCCAGGGCCGUUCAGGAAAAUCUCCUCCCGAAAGAUGUUGGUUUUCGUUGUAUCGAAUUCCAGCUCUGACUGGAGGACUGAUAAACCCCGAAACACAUGAACAGAGUCUCUCUCGAGGAAGUCAUGCAUGACAAAGUCACGGCCCACUUUGCUCAAAGAUGAGAAGUUCCAAACUAAAACCCUGACCUGUCCAAAGACCAAGAGAAGAAUCACGUUCAGGGAGGCUCUUGAGAGAAGUGUGUAUGAUUGUCACACUGGGCUGAGACUCCUGGAGGCAACAAAAAUUCACGGUUUUGGAGUCAAAUCAACGUACCUUAUGUUCGGGUUAUAUAAGCAGUAAACUUUUAUAAACAUACAGUGUGCUUAUGUGUUGUAUAAAACCUACAAAUCCAGUAUGCUUUUUCUGAUUUUGUGUUUAUCGGGACCUGCUAGUACAUUUAUUACGGGUGUUCAUUGAUGCCUUUUGUUUAUUCAUUUAUAUCAUGGAGGCAUGUGGUUGAUUUUCAGUGUUUUAUAUUAUAAUUUUUGCUUUUAUGAUUCCAUUUGCCAGUUGUUUUGUUAAUGUGUGUUUUAUCAAAGUUAACAAUCUUGUCGAAAACCCUUCUGUUCU